AUGCGGAUGCUACGAGUACGUUGCGUUGAUGAUGGCCGUGAGCUGCUUCUAGAGCGCCAUGGAGCCGACGAAUAUAGUAUUCAGGGAGCUGAGGUAAAGAAGCUUAUCCUAGCGCAACGACAAGCAUUGUAUCGCAACUGUAACGUCACAAACUCCUCGGACCCGUUUUCAGGCCUCGAAGACUGUUUCGUAUUGUUUCGAGGCCAGAUUCUGGCAGAUAUGGACGUCGUGGACUUAAAUGCAUGGGCUCCGUCAGAUUUCUUUGUCUUUGCAUUCGAUGCAGCGUCGGUCGGAAAGAAUUCGACUUCUUACAGUGAAAUGCACAAGGAUGACACAAAUUCCAAGACGUCUGAGAUGCUACGGUCUCAGCUAGUGGAGAUGGGUUUCUCGACCGAGAUAGCAGCUCAAGCGCUGCAAAAGAGUGGCAAUAACCUCUCAGUUGCUGUUUCAUUGCUGGUAAAUGGAGAAGUUGAUGCGAUAUUUGGGAGUAGUGGCUCGAUGCACAACGAGACGGCGACCGAUUUGGUAGCGCAAUAUCCGUCAACUGCUCCGCUACGGAGCUUAGUGCAUGAUAAGAAUAUAAAGAGGCUACAUGAAAUGGCGGCUACGGAUUCAUUUCAAGCGUUGCUACUACUGAAGGAGCAGUUUUCGUCCAACUUACUGAAUCGACUUAAUGAACACCCAGUAGCGACGCUGCAGCUACUUUCACUACCCGUUCCAACACCAUCUGCAUCUUCCAUGGCAGUUGAAACAAAGCAGUGCAGUGAAGAAGCUAUUGAUGUUGAUGUUGAGAACCGAGUGGACACUGGAGCAUGUAGUAGCAGCUCGGAAGACGCCGUUGAUCGGCUUGUAGCUAUGGGCUUUGCUCGGGAUCUUGUAAACGUACUGUAUGAAUCUUGUGGUGGAGACGAACAACGUACAGCUAAUGCGUUGCUACAGACAUUAGAGUCGUGA